CAUGCCCCUCAAUAUCCGAAUGCCGGCAAGGGUCUAGAUAUGGGACUUUUGGAGUGGCUUACAACGUUUACAACCUUUCCGACGGAAGUGAAAUUCAAAGAUCUUGAUUUUGCUGCGCACGCAUAUAAGAGAGUCGUGAGUCGCGUGCUACGGAAUGGGACAACAACCGCUUGUUACUACGCAACAAUUGACACCGACGCUACUGUGUUGCUAUGUGAUAUAAUAAAUGAACUUGGACAGAGGGCGCUGGUAGGCAAAGUAAAUAUGAAUCAAAAUUCACCAGAUUAUUAUGUCGAAGGUUCAGUAGACGAGUCAGUAUCAGAGACGAGAAGGUACAUCGAAACAAUACAAAAGAAAGCGUAUGACAAUAUAACUCCGGUGAUAACUCCGCGGUUCGCAGUAUCAUGUUGUGAGACCUUAAUGAAAAAGCUCGGUGAUCUUGCUGCGGAGUACAACAUUCCUGUUCAGACACAUAUUUGCGAAACAAAACCGGAAGUUGAAUAUGUGGCACAGCUGUACCCCGACUCCAAAAAUUAUGCGACGGUUUAUGACAAGGCUGGUCUGUUAACAGAUAAGACAAUUCUUGCACAUUGUAUCUACCUUACAAAAGAAGAAAUAGAUCUCAUCACAGAAAGAGGCAGUUCUGUAUCUCACUGCCCAAACUCUAAUCUUUCUUUAAGGAGUGGUCUUUUAGAUGUACAGAAUCUACUCAAGCACGGCAUUCAAGUUGGACUUGGAACUGAUGUAUCCGGAGGUUAUCAUCCAUCCAUUAUUGACGCCAUUCGGGUAGCGGUGCAUGUGUCAAAUGCACACGCUAUAACAAGUACAAAUGGUUAUACGCCACUAUCUAUGAGAGACGCAUUUAAGUUAGCGACAUUGGGCGGCGCUCAAGCUCUAUCGAUUGACAAGAAAGUCGGAAAUUUUGAAGUAGGAAAGGAGUUUGAUGCAUUGAUCAUAAAUUUAGAUAUAGAGAACACACAUGUUGAUGUUUUUGAAGAAGACACCCUUGAUGAUUGUCUGGACAAAUUUUUAUAUACAGGGGACGACCGUAAUAUAGAAGCAAUAUAUGUUGCCGGGAGAAAAAUACUCGAUUUUGGUUUAAAGCAAACAUCUACGUAGCAAAUGGCAUUUUCAAACAGGCAAAUGUGCAAAUACAUGUGUAGCAAGACUAUCAGUGUCUGUUAAGAACGUGUGUAAAGAAUUAUGUCACAAGAAUGUGUUUGAUUUUUUUCUGUGCAAUUAAUAUUAUCAUGUAUAUGUUAUUCGGAUCUGAUAAAAUGAAAAUCAAAAUAUUUUCAUUUAAAGGCCAAAUGCCCCAUAAUUCUAUGCUAACUCCUCAGAAGCUUUUUAUGUUUGGUGAUCUGUUAAAGUGUUCCACAAGUUAUUUAUUGGCCAAUUACUUGAACCAACUUUUGCUUCUGUUGCAUUUUGGAAAUUAGUGAAGUUAUAGUUCUUAAAUAUUUGUAUCGAAGACAAAAUACUACAUGCACUUAGUUGACAUUUUGCUACUUUUAUGACAACUAAUUUCACAUUCAGAGCUUCUAUAUUUAGGUGAUAAGCAUCAAACAUGCUCUAAACCCACUUUACAUUUUUACAAAGACUAGUAAACGUGGCAAUUACCGGGAUGACAAUCUCCCGGAAACAGUUUUGUAUUUAAUACAGAAAAUACCGGUUAUGCCCGUUGUCACACGAUUAAAAUUAAUGAUAGUGAUUAUAACAAUGCAUGUUUGUAGCGCCGCCGUUCAAUUGAUAAUCGUCACGUUUAUAUAAAUUCAUAUACCGUCCUGCUGAAAUUUCUCUUAUUUCCUCUUAAAAAGGCAGUUUGCUGUUUUAUAAUUUCGUUACAAAGAUUUUUACAAGUUAUAUGAUCGUAUAUAAACGGUUGUUAACACUGAUUUAGACCGCAUGUGAGUGUAUCAUAUUUCAAUGUCAAAAUCCUACUUAAAGUUCAACCCCUUUUUAAUUAAAUGUGUUUUCUGUAAUUUGAUAUAUAUAGGUGAUAUCUUCUGUUUUUUUUUCUAUUUAUUUAUUUUAUUUUAAUGGAUUGUAAGUUACACUGACUAAGCUUCGAUUCGGAAUAUCUAUUUUAAAUAUGUGUUGUGGGUAAUUUUUUUAUUGUCUGUACAUUUGUAUUUUUUCAAUUUCAAUUAUAUAGCUUUAACUAAUAUCAAAAUAAAAGUUGUGAAAAAAAAACGUCCCAAAUAUGCCACCAAAUUUAAGUUUAUUAAAAAAAUCCAAUUAAAAUGAACUGCUUUUUUCCUAACAUGGCGGGCGAAAUAUCGUUGACGCGAAUCGUUAUUAUCCUUGUUAAGAAAGUUCAGAAUAUUUAGUUUUACCAUAUACAUGUAGUUUAUAUAAGCUGAUAAAAUCAGGUAAAUAAAUGUUGUAUGUUUUA